UUUGAAAUAUUUUUUUCCAGGGUGCAUUUUACUGGGACACCGAAAAUCGCUUACGGUAUGGGAAAAAUAACAGACGAUGCUUAUCCUGUUAUCUGUGAUAAAUACUAAAUUAUUUAUAUCUAGAUCUGAAUGACAUAGCUUUAUAGCAAGUUAUAUUUAAAGUGAAUGAUGAUAUGGUUGUUGAAAGCAUACCAGCAUGCGCUGAAAGUGCAUCCUAUCCGAACGGCAGCAAUUUCUGCAGGUACACUCAUGACUACGGGUGAUGCUAUAGCUCAGACUGUUAUAGAGAAGAAGAAAUUAUCACAGUUUGAACUUAAACGAUCACUGAGAUUUGUAGUGUUUGGUACUUUCUUGGCUGUACCCUCUUGUCCGCAGGGGAUGUCCUUGCCCAAUUAGUGGUUGAGAAAAGGCCCCUUGAAAUGUACAAUGUAAAGAGAACAAUUAGAUUUGCUAUAUUUGGUACCUUUUUUGGCGUAAGUACUGGUUAACGGUGAAAACCCUCAGGAUUAAGGGAAUUUUAUUUUUUAAGGGUUCAUUGAAACACUUUCUAACUUAUUAAACCUAAAGAAAUAGUAAUUAUAAUAGGUUAAUGAACCUAAAGAAAUAAUGGUUAUUAUAGUUUAAUGAACCUAAAGAAUAGUAAUUAUUGUAGCUAAUUGAACCUAAAGA